AUGCCGCGUGCCGCGGUGUUCCCCGCGCUCUUGGGCGGCGGUGGUGCGGGCUACAGCGCAGACAGCGAGGCCAAGGACAGGGCGCGUGUUCUGCUCUUCGGCGAUGGCUUCACCUGCCGCUUUGCGGAGGCCCGGGUGUGCAGCUACGGGGAGGCGCUGGCCCAAGCCUUGGGCACUUCGGCAGAGAUCUGGGCGUGCGGCUACAUUGGGCUGGAGGCCGGCGCGCUCGUUGACUCCAUGGACGAUGAUGAGGUUUCGGAUGAAGCGGACAACACUGGCAAGGGUUUACGCUGCCUGCUGCAGGUUGAGAGGUUCGACAUCGUCAUCAUCCAAGCAGGAUUCCACGACCUCGCCCAUGGCCACACCACACCGGCAGGGGUGUCCGUGGCAGUGCAGUGCUUGCACACCAUUUGCCACUCGAAGGGUGUCCGCACUGUAGCGCUCACCAUCCCACCCAGCCACGUCCUCUCUCAGUCUGCAAAGCAUCAGGCACGAUGGGAGGAAGUCAACAAUCGUCUGAAGAGCUGGGUUCAGAAUACGGGCUGCCACGAGGGUGUCGCCACCUUUAUCGAUGUGGCAGAAAUGCUCCCAGGGGAGGCAGAAGGACACCAUUUCGAUUCACAGUCCGAGAAGCAGCUCGGAGCUGCGCUGGCUCCGCUGCUGCUCCCCGUGCUCCAGUCGCGCGAUUCCAUCGCGCGGCUUCCAAACUGCGCUGGCGGUCCCAUGCCGCAGCUCUUGGAGGUGCCGCGGGUGGCCAGCGUCGAGGGUGACCCGUCCGAAGCUCGGCGACGUCUUCGGAUGCUCUUCUAUGGCGACAGCCUGACGGCAGGCUACCAUGCAUCUGGCUGCCUGUUCGCCCCAUAUGCCGAAGCUUUUGGCCGGAGCUCUUGUCUUGGCCCACCAUGCGAGCUCUGGGUGUGCGGCCUAAGCGGCCUCACUGCCGUGCAAUUAGCAUCCAAGGCCGGUGCGGCAAAGAUCCGCGAUGCAGUUCUUCGACACGGCCCUGGGAUUCGCAGGCUUCUCGAAGAACACGGCCCUUUCGACCUUACCUUCAUCAUGCUUGGAACGAACGAUCUGUCACGGUUCGAGGCGAGCCAGAUCGCGCAAGCAAUAAAGAAUAUCCAUCACGAGUGCCACAAAGCGGGCUCUGCUACUGUUGCUUUGUCUGUUCCUCCCAGCGGUGCGCUGCUGCGUUUCGAAGAUUUGGUCGAGUGCCGGCAGGACGUCAACGAAGAGCUUCAGGCUUAUGCAAAGCAGCAGUGGAUGGUAACCUACGUGGAGACGGGUGACCUUCUUCCCUUCUCCAGGGACAGCGAGCACUGGGAGCCCGAUGGACUUCACUUUUCCCGGCGCGGCUCGCAGGCUUUAGGUGAGGGUCUCGCCAAGCUGCUCGCACCAGAGCUGGCUUCGCUUCGCAGCAGCCGGCUCUGGUGA